AUGUUUAACAAAAAUAACUUCUGGCUUUUGCUUAUGCUCUCUAUUUUCUCCCUCAACUUAAUCACCAUCACACUAGCUUCAGACCCUGAUCCAGUUCAAGACUAUUGCAUACCAAACCAAACAUUUGAAUCCAUUAAAACACAUCACACCUUUCACACCAUUCUCCCAUGCAAAAACUCCUCACAAGUCACCGCCGACGACUUCAUCUUUUCCAACAUGAAAACAUCCGGAAACUUCUCAGAAACCGGCUUAUCCGUAAUACCUGCAAACCCUACAAAUUUUCCAGGUCUCAACACGCUCGGCAUGUCGUUCGCGAGAACAGACAUUGAAGUCGGAGGAAUCAAUCCACCGCAUUUUCAUCCAAGAGCUACUGAACUUGUUCAUGUGGUUCAAGGAAAAGUUUAUACCGGUUUUGUUGAUUCUAACAAUAGGGUUUUUGCUAGAAUACUUGAACAAGGCGAGGUUAUGGUUUUUCCUAGAGGACUUGUUCAUUUUAUGAUGAAUGUUGGCGAUGAAGUUGUUACGUUGUUUGGUAGUUUUAAUGGCCAGAAUCCUGGUUUGACGAAGAUACCUUCUGCUGUGUUUGGUUCCGGGAUCGAUGAGGAGCUUUUGCAGAAGGCUUUUGGCUUGAGUUCUAAACAGAUUGGAACAAUGAAAAGAAAACUUGAUCCAAAACAAGAAAGGUAGCUUUAUAGUGAGCUUCAGAGUUUGAGUAAUAUAUUAUAUAACACCGACACUUCAGAUCAAAUAUGUAUCUUGUGUCUGAGACGUAUCAAAGGUUAUUAACGCACACUAUUAUAUUAGUAUUUGUUUUUACAUGUCAAUGUUGUGUUUGUGUAUGUAUCAGUGUUUUAUAAUAGAUCUUGGAGCUUAUGCUUGAAAGCUUGGUUUGGAAAUUCAAAUUAUAUGUAGUCAUAAAUUCAUAUAAUCAAUAUACUCA